AUGUCUCCUCCUGCUGAUCAAGGACCCCAGACGGUCUUGGGCAUGCCCCCAUUCGUCGCUGACUUCCUCAUGGGUGGUGUCUCCGCCGCUGUCUCUAAGACUGCUGCUGCCCCCAUCGAGCGUGUCAAGCUCCUCAUCCAGAACCAGGAUGAGAUGCUCAAGACUGGUCGUCUCGACCGCAAGUACAACGGCAUUGGUGACUGCUUCAAGCGCACCAUGGCCGAUGAGGGUGUCAUGUCCCUCUGGCGAGGAAACACCGCCAACGUCAUCCGAUACUUCCCUACCCAGGCCCUGAACUUCGCUUUCCGUGACAAGUUCAAGAAGAUGUUCGGCUACAAGAAGGACAAGGAUGGCUACGCCAUGUGGAUGGUCGGUAACCUUGCCUCCGGUGGUGCUGCUGGUGCCACCUCUCUUCUCUUCGUCUACUCUCUUGACUACGCCCGUACUCGUCUUGCCAACGAUGCCAAGAACGCCAAGUCCGGUGGUGACCGUCAGUUCAACGGUCUCGUCGACGUUUACAAGAAGACCCUCGCCUCUGACGGUAUUGCCGGUCUCUACCGUGGUUUCAUGCCCUCCGUUGCUGGUAUCGUUGUCUACCGUGGUCUCUACUUCGGAAUGUACGACUCCAUCAAGCCCGUCGUCCUCACCGGUAACCUCCAGGGCAACUUCCUUGCCUCUUUCGCUCUUGGUUGGGUCGUCACCACUGGUGCCGGUAUCGCCUCUUACCCUCUUGACACCAUCCGCCGACGUAUGAUGAUGACCUCCGGUGAGGCUGUCAAGUACAAGAACACCAUGGACGCUGCCCGCCAGAUUGUCGCCAAGGAGGGUGUCAAGUCUCUCUUCAAGGGUGCUGGUGCCAACAUUCUCCGUGGUGUUGCCGGUGCUGGUGUCCUCUCCAUCUACGAUCAGCUCCAGGUCCUCCUCUUCGGCAAGGCCUUCAAAUAA